ACCGGUCAUAUAAAGUUGUCCGUGCCGUUGCAAAAGACAAUCGCACCAACAAUAUAGUGCAUGUGGCACAAACAUAAAUAUAAUGUAAGCCCUUACGAUUAUCUGUGUGAUAAAUAGUUUACCAAAGCAAAAGAGAAGUAAUCAUACAAUUCGAAUUGGCUGGCAAUCAGUGAAGUGCAUAAUACAAGCCGGUCAAGUAGCGCUGCCCUUGAGGUACUCGCAAGGCUACACCUAUCUAUAGUGUCUAGGAAAUUGUCUUAAAGUCAUCAAUCAAAUUCUCUGUUACAAGUAAUUUUUCGCUUAACCAGUGCUAGAAAAUGCGAUAUCGCAAAUAUAGAAAAUAUAGUUGGAACUCUGAUGAUCCUAUCGUACGGCUGUCGAGAAUGGAAGUUCAGACGGUGAAUAAUCACCUAAACAAUUCCCUCAUAUCACCGCCAGCCUUGUCACAAUCACAGCAAGCGCAACUGAAUAACAGUAUCAUCGCACUUAGUCGCAGUAACAGUCCGGCCAGUUCGAAUUCAGAGAUUGAAAAAGAGUUACAAGAUUUGGAUUUAAAUAGUUCGCUGAAUAGUGGCAGUGUCAGUUUGGGUGCCGAUCUCAAUUGUAAAUCGAAUGGUUCGUUAAGCGGUGCCUCCACUACCAGCUCGACAACGGGCCUUACAACGUCCGUGACCACCGCCGCCGCUGCAGCAGGUAUAAAAACAACUUCUUCUACCGAAGCCUUAAUCAAUGGCAAUGGUGCUGACGCUACAAAUACAACAAUUAACACCUUAGCAGUAUCGCAGGUGAAGAAGCGUAUUUCAAGCAGCCGUACACCAACACGUAAAGCGAGACGAAUAAAAUUCUAUCGCAAUGGCGAUCGUUUCUAUCCGGGUAUAACCAUUCCAGUCUCAAAUGAACGUUAUAGAUCAUUCGAGAGCCUUUUUGAAGACUUAACACGUUUAUUAGAGGAUAACGUAAAAAUUCCAGGGGCUGUGCGCACCAUUUAUACCAUGUGUGGCAAAAAGAUCUCCACUUUGGACGAACUCGAAGAUGGCCAAAGUUACAUUUGUUCCUGUAAUAAUGAGAAUUUCAAGAAAAUCGAAUACAACACCUCCUCACAACCGUUGGCCAACUUAACACUCUCCAACAAGACAAACAAUCGUUUGUCCAAAGCUUAUCGUCCAUCUUCACCGCUUAAGAAUGGUACGGCCACUUACAAUAGCGGCGGUGGCGGCGUAGCUGGGGGUGGCGUAACCGGUAAUGGCACAAAUGCCACAGCUGGUGCCACUAAUGGCAGUCCAGUGCUAAAAUUAAGCGAGCGCGACCGUGUGGUACAUCCCCGUAUUGUGACACUGAUAAGAAAUGGCACCAAGCCACGAACUAUUAUGCGCCUACUGUUAAACAAGCGCAACAGUCCGAGCUUUGAUCAUGUAUUAACCGCCAUCACGCAAGUGGUACGACUUGAUACAGGUUAUGUACGCAAAGUGUUUACGCUCUCUGGUAGUCCGGUUGUACAGUUGGCCGAUUUCUUCGGUCCCGAUGACAUUUUCUUUGCCUAUGGCACAGAACGUGUUAAUAAUCCUGAUGAUUUCAAACUCGAACCUGAUGAACACAAAGCCAUACAGGCCAUACGAAAGUCACUGCGUACAGCAGGUACGACAUACAAAGGUCCCAAACCGAAAAUGCCAGUAAAGAGUAAAAAUCUGAAUAGCGCAAAACAUCAGCAAAAUCAUCAACAAGAACCAUGUGAUCAAAUUGUUGACGAAGAUUUGGCCGCGCUAAAUGAGAGCGGCAUCGAUGCAAGCGAACUGCCUGGCGUAAUACGUGAACGUUACGCAUUGGGUCAGAUUAUAGGUGAUGGCAAUUUCGCUGUUGUCUUAAAGAUCAAAGAUCGGCAGAGCGGUUUGCCAUACGCGUUGAAAAUCAUCGAUAAAAGUAAAUGUAAAGGCAAAGAGCACUACAUCGAUGCUGAGGUGCGUGUAAUGAAGAAAUUACAACAUCCACACAUUAUUUCUUUAAUCAUGGAUGUUGAUCAGCAAGCGAAUAUGUACUUGGUGUUGGAGUAUGUAAGCGGUGGCGAUCUUUUUGAUGCUAUAACACGUGUAACACGCUUCUCUGAGAAUCAGUCACGUGUAAUGAUUAAGCAUUUGGCCUCCGCCAUGGCCUAUUUACAUUCCAUGAGCAUUGUGCACCGUGACAUCAAGCCCGAGAAUCUAUUGGUUGAGCUGGAUGCCAAUGGCUAUGUAACUGAACUGAAAUUGGCUGAUUUUGGUUUGGCCUGUGAGGUGACCGAACCAUUGUUUGCUGUAUGCGGCACGCCAACUUAUGUCGCACCAGAAAUCCUAAUGGAAACAGGUUACGGUCUGAAGAUCGAUGUUUGGGCUGCUGGUAUAAUACUUUACAUCUUGCUUUGCGGCUUUCCACCAUUCGUUUCGCCCGAUAAUCAACAAGAGCCGCUAUUUGAUGCCAUUAUAUCCGGUGUAUAUGAAUUCCCCGAACCUUACUGGUCGGACAUUGGUGAUGGUGUACGCGAUCUCAUUGCUAACAUGCUGCAAUCCGAUCCCGAAGUACGUUUCACAAGCGAGGAUAUACUGGAUCACUACUGGACACUGGGUGAAUGUAAUGAUUAUAGCAGUUGAAUUUACUGCUUAAAUGCAUUGGAAUAGCGGGUGGGAAAACGUUACAAACAACAAAAACAACAAUGUUAUGAUCACAUUUUAGGUCUAUAGCUAGUUUAGGAAGCUGCUUGUUUGUCGACGUAAACAUAUAUAAAUAUAUACAUACAUAUAGGUUUAGUUUCGGGGGCGUAGUUUUAGUAUUAUGUAUUUAAUUGCUUAUUAAAAAUUAUAAUUAACGAAAAUUUAUUUAUAUGCGAGAAAAAAAUUGAAAAUGCGACAAUGCAAAGAUGAUACAAUGUUAAUAACUAAAAGAAGUAAAGAAAAGAGCAAAACAAACGAAAUUAUUGAAGAGUUUUAUAGGCGUUAAAAAUUAUUGUGGCAAAUCUUUUAGAAACGCCACACAGCAAUUAACAGCGACUUAACUAAAUACAUUCAUUAUACAUACAAACACACACAUAAAACACGAACUUACAUACAUAUAAACACAUAUGCGCAUAUAUGUAUGCUUAAGUAUUUUAUUAACUAUAGUAUUCAUAAUUUUUGCAUAAUUUAUGGGCAAACUUAGAGCACAUUUGCGAGGUGGCAAAAUUGAUUACGCGCGAGCAAUAAGGCGUGCUAAGAUUAUAUGAAAAUCACCGUCGCCUGCGCAUAAGAAAGUCAGUGGAAAUAUUAUAUCACUGUAACAGCAAAAUUGUACGAAUUCAAAAAGAAACAAAGCGAAACGCUAACGAAAAAAACACCAACUUAUUCGUGUAUAUUUUUUAUAUAAAUAUUUUGUACGUAAAUUUUAAUUGGUUUUUAUUGUAAGAGACAUCAACAUUUACUAUCUGUCCCAGGCUGAUAUUUCUCCACAGCUCUAUCUAUUUUAUCCACUUUGUGUAUUAUUUUCUACCUACAUAUAUUAAAAUGUUUACUGUUAGUGCUACUGCGAUAAGGGUUAGUUGUAUUAUAUUUUUAUGUGUUUUCUGUUGUUAUAUAUUUUAAUUUUCAUUUUAAAUGCAAAAAAAUAUGUCCCUUAAAAUGCUAUUUAACUACUGAUUAGAGUUUUGUAUGCAUAUAUACUUAUUAAAUAUGAAUUAUUAAAUAAUAAUUUAAAAGAUAAGAUUGUAUUAUUUUAUACCAUAAAUUUUAAAGUAUUUGUUUUUCACAACUUCGUAGCUUACUGCGCUGCUGCUUUGAAGGUUUAGUGGACGAAGUGUAUAAAUUAGUGAUUUAUUGAAAAAAUUAAAAAAAAACGCUGCUACAUUUUUGAACAUAUAAAUAUUUAUGAGCUGUUUACACAACCUUCCAUACGUUUAUAAUAGUUCAGCAGUCUAUGUGCAUUGUAUGUUACCUAUUUUAUGCCGUAAUUUAAAACAAAAGGUUUCAUUCCUUUUUUUUAACUAACCGCACUUAACGAAUGUGUCUGUAAAGUGGUAAUAGUUGCAAGGUUCAGACAUCAACUUGCAAGACUAAUCGGCAAAACUUCUUGGCUAGUGGUAAAACGAGGUUGAGAUGUCGAGCUAAACAUUAAUUGAAGCUGUUAACAUUAAUCAAUAUAAUUUAAAAUUGUGAACCGUUGUUUUAAUACAGUUUAAAUACUUUUAUAAUCCACUUUUUAUCCGAAAUAUUUGUAUAUCCACAAAAUUCAAACAAAACACUUAAUGUUAAGUAACAGAUAAUAAAAAUCAUUGGUCACAAUUAACAUUUUUAGUAGUGUCACACAAAAAGUACAUUUUUUCUUAUAUCAUCAUAUAUGAGUGCAUAUUGUACACUAUGGCUACUGCAUAAAAUUAAGUAGUGCACACAUUUCUUUUUAUUAGUAUUUCAAAAAACAAAAAGAAACAACACAGUAGCGAAAAAAUAAAAUAUAAAUAGCAACUAAAACUAAAAAAACAUAAUACAUAUUUAUAAACGUUUAUUGUAUUUUGAAAAAUGAAAUUUUACAUAUACAUACAUACAUAUAGAAUAUAUAGAGCGCUACGUAAGAAUAAAAAAUUUAACGAAGCAAAGUUAUUAGAAAGUGCUAAAAAAACUAUUUAAAUCAAAAAUAAAGGAAUAAACAGAAAUAAAAA